AUGUCGCGCUCACGCCCAAUGCAGCGCACGUCGAGCGCCUCCAACUCUUCAUCCUCAUCCACCUCUCCAGAGCGCGGCGCCGACGAUGACAACGACUCUUUCAUGCUGCAAGCAAACGAUUCACAGUCCUCCCUUGGCAUGGACAUGUCCCCCGAUAUGAGCGACGAGUACGCAAGGAGGGAAUACGAAGAGCGGUGCCGUGUGUCGCCAGUCCAUCGCCUGCCCGCCGAGCUGUUGAUCAGCAUCUUCUCGCGCCUCACAGCAAACAGCGACCUGCAGUCGUGCUUGUUGGUCUCAAAAGAGUGGGCGCGGAACAGUGUGGGCCUACUAUGGCAUAGACCCGCUAUGAGCAGGUGGGAGUCCAUACACAAUGUCGUGCAAUCCAUACGAAAGGCGGACAAAUUCUUCGCUUAUCAGGAUCUGGUCAAGAGGCUCAACAUGUCUACGCUGGCGAACUCAGUUAGCGACGGGACCCUGGUGGGCAUGACAGCGUGCAAGCGCGUCGAACGCCUCACCCUGACCAACUGCACCAAGCUUACGGACCUGGCUCUACAACCGCUGGUGGAUGGCAAUCGCAGUUUGCUCGCGCUGGAUGUGACCGGGCUGGAUCAGCUUACAGACCGGACGAUGAUGACUGUGGCGGAUCACUGUCUUCGACUGCAAGGGCUGAAUGUCACAGGCUGCAAGAAGCUCACAGACGCCUCCAUUGCUGCGGUAGCAAAGAACUGCCGGCAUCUAAAGAGGCUAAAGUUUAACAACUGCAUACAGCUGACGGAUGCGUCGAUCCUCACGGUGGCAGACCACAGCACGCAUCUCCUCGAAAUCGAUCUCUACGGGCUGCAGAAUCUGGAAAGCCCGGCCAUCACCGCCCUCCUGACCUCCUGCACCCACCUCCGCGAGAUGAGAUUAGCACAUUGCUCUCGCAUCAACGAUUCCGCCUUCACCGACAUCCCAAGCUCUCCCGGCCACCAGAAGAUGUUCGAAUCUCUCCGCAUCCUCGAUCUGACGGACUGCAACGAGCUUGGCGAUCGCGGCGUGGAGAAAAUCAUCCAGACUUGCCCAAGGCUACGCAACCUCAUCCUGGCCAAGUGCAGACAGAUCACCGACCGCGCCGUCUUUGCUAUCACCAAGCUCGGCAAGAACCUGCACUACAUCCAUCUCGGCCACUGUGCGCGGAUCACGGACCUUUCGGUCGAAGCGCUGGCGAAGGCAUGCAACCGCAUACGAUACAUUGACUUGGCAUGCUGCGUCAAUCUCACCGAUAACAGCGUGACGAAGCUCGCAGGCCUGCCGAAGCUCAAGCGUAUCGGGCUGGUGAAGUGCUCCACCAUUACUGAUCGUAGCAUCUAUGCUUUGGCCAUGGGUGAAGUCAAGAAUGGGCGCAGGAUCAAUGGUGUCAGCGUGCUUGAGCGUGUGCAUCUCAGCUAUUGCACCCUCUUGACUCUCGAUGGCAUCCACGUUCUCCUCAACAACUGCCCAAAACUCACCCACCUCUCCCUCACCGGUGUGCAAGCCUUCCUCCGCGAUGAACUGCUCGCCUUCUGCCGCGAGGCCCCGCCGGAGUUUAACGACCACCAGCGCGACGUCUUCUGCGUCUUCUCCGGCACCGGCGUCGGCCGCUUACGCGAGUUCCUCAACCAGCAGAAAGCGCACGCCGCCGCCGCUGCCGCUGAGCGGGAGGCGGAAGGUGAGGGAAGCUUGGGCGGGAACUCAGAAACUGGGAGCGAGAUGGGAGACGCUGAGGACGGAGACGCGGUGCAUGUGAAUGUCCACGGCAAUCACGCAGCAGGCGCCACACCCGUCGUCUUCGCGCCAGGCUGGCAACACCAUGGCGGCCAUCACGGUCAUCAGCACCACAAUUCUUUCGACAACGCGGCGGGCGCGGCAGUUGCAGGGUCAUCGGUUCUUAGUCAGAGCGCCCCGGCUUCGACGCCUAUGUUCUGGAGCAACGCGCCUGCGGGCCUGGGACUUGCAGGAUUCGCUGGACUGGCGGGCUUCGGCAGCGCUGCUGGCUCGCCUGCUGGUGGAGGUGGAGGUGGAGGCGGUGCACAGCAGGUUACCGGUAUGAUGGGCGCGGCUGUGCUCGAUGAUGUGGAUGAGGGGGACGAGGCGUUUGGAGAGGGGAGCGAGAUUAUGGGGGAUGGGGAUUGA